GACACUUUUACACUCAACUAAUUCGAAUCACAUCAAAUAACCUCAAAUACAACAAUCAAUAAAUGUUCCAUUGCUCUCUGCACUAUAUCGUUUUUUGCAUCCGAUCGAAUUAAUUCUAUACACUCAUGAACUGGCCUGCACUGGUCCAGUUCAGUAUAGCUUCAGUGCAGCUACCAAUAACAAACCUAUGAUGGUAUCGAAAAGGAAGAAGCAAUUAACCAUACUUUCAUUUCACUAGAUUUUAAGCUUUGUAUUUAGUUAGUAUGUUCAAAUAACAUUUUUUUAAUUAUUAAUAUGAUAUAAUCCAGAUAGAAUGAGUGUGUGGCAACAAGUUGUCAAAUAAGAUAUGGAUAUUCAAAAUGAUGUUUGUUGGAGUAUGAAUAUUAAACAAGAAUUAAGUGAUGAUGCCGCUGAAAUUGCUUUUAAAAAUGUGAAUGAUAUUGAUAUAAUUAAAGAAGAAUUACUUGACGAACUAAAUAAAGCUGAAAUACAUGAAGAAUCUAUAGUUGCAAUUGUGCCCACAACAAAGAACAUUAGCACUCAUAAGGUUAAUAUAACUAAUAUACAAAACAAAUUCAAAUAUUCUGGUAGACGACAUAAAGCAAAAGGACUACAAAAAUAUAAACAUCUGAAUCUAGAUAUUAUUGCUGGGAUGAUCAUCUGUAGAUUCUGUGGUAAUUUAUAUACAAAAUUAAGAGAAUUCAUUCACCAUUUUUACACAAAUCAUUGUAUGAAUAGAAAGAAAGUACAAUCUAAAAGGAGGUUGCACCAGAAAAAUCUAUGUUACAGAAGAAUACAAGAAACUAACUUUGCCAUUGCGAGAACUUUUGAUGAAGAUGUUAAAAAUGAAUUAGAAAUAGUUGAACAUGAUAUGAAAAAGGAGAAAGAUACCAGUUUCACUGAUAAUUUCGAGUUGAAUUUGGAUGAAGUUAGAAAGAAAUUGGAGAAAAGUGAUUCAAAGGAUUUUUUGCUUGCUCACACAAAAGAAAAGCCAUUCAAAUGUAAUCUUUGUUUAAAGACAUUCCCACAGAAAACUCAAUUGGACUCACACUCAAUUAUUCAUAUGGGAGAAAAAAUAUUGAAGUGUCACAGUUGCUUGGAAUUAUUUCCAUGGAAAACUAAUUUAAUUAACCAUGUGUGUAUCCACACAGGAGAAAAGCCAUAUAAAUGUGACAUUUGCUUAAAAACUUUUUCACAUAAUUUUCUAUUAAAAAGACAUUUGCUUAGUCACUCUGGAGUUAAGCCAUUCAAAUGUGACGUUUGUUCAAAAUCUUAUACAAGGAAAAGUCAUUUGAUGGAACAUUUACCUAUUCAUACAGGAGAAAAGCCAUAUGAAUGUAAAGUUUGUUUUAAAAAUUUUUCAAGAAAAUAUCAAUUCAAUAUUCAUUUGCGCAGACACACAAGAGAAAAUACAUUCAAAUGUGAUAUUUGUUUAAAAAAUUUCCCACAGAAAUCUCAAUUGAAAUCACACUCACGUAUUCACACUGGAGAAAAACCAUUUAAGUGUGACACUUGCUUGGCAACUUUUUCAUGGAAAGGUAAUUUAAUUUCUCAUAUGCGUACCCACACAGGAGAAAAACCAUAUAAAUGUAACAUUUGUUUAAGAAAAUUUUCACGAGAAUAUGUAUUGAAUGGACAUUUGCUUAGUCACACAGGUGAAAAACCAUUCAAAUGUUACAUUUGCACAAAAAGUUUCACACAAAAAAAAUGUUUGAAGGAACAUUUACUUACUCAUACAGAAGAAAAACCAUUUAAAUGUGACAUUUGCUCAAAAACUUUUUUAAAGAAAUAUUAUUUGAAUGAACAUUUACGUGUUCACGCAGGAGAAAAACCAUUUAAAUGUGAGAUUUGUUUAGGAAAAUUUUCUAGGAAAUAUAAUUUGAAUUUACAUUUACGAAGACACAAGAAUGAAAUGCCAUUCAAGUGUGACACUUGCUUGAAAUCUUUUGUACGGAAAAUAAGCUUAAUUGAACAUCUACAGACUCAUACAGGAGAAAAACCAUAUGAAUGUAACAUUUGUUUAAAAAAUUUUUCACGGAAAUAUCAAUUGAAUCUGCAUAUGCGUAGCCACACAAAAGAAAAGCCAUUCAAAUGUGACAUUUGUUUGAAAAAUUUUUCUUAUAAAAAUAACCUCAGUAAACAUUUACAUAUUCAUAAUGGAGUAAAGCCAUUUAAAUGCGAUAUUUGUUUGAAAACUUUUUCACAGAAGAACAAUUUGAAUAUACAUUUGCGUAGUCACUCUGGAGUAAAACCAUUCAAAUGUGACAUUUGUUUGAAAACUUUUUCGCAAAAACAUAAUUGGAAUAUACAUUUACAAAAUCAUAAAGAAAAGCCAUUCCAUUGUGAAGUUUGCUCAAAAAAUUUUUCUGAUAAAAAUAAUCUCAAUAUACAUUCAUGUAUCCAUAAAGGAGUAAAGCCAUUCAAAUGUGAAGUUUGCUCAAAAUCUUUUUCACAGAAAAAUAAUUUGAAUAGACAUUUGCGUUGUCACACAGGGGAAAAGCCAUUCAAAUGUGAAAUUUGUUCCAAAACUUUUUCACAAAAACAUAAUUGGAAUAUACAUUUACAAAAUCACACGAAAGAAAAGCUAUUCAAAUGUUAAAACUUGUUUACAAUUUUUUUCAUGGAAAAAUUAUUUAAUUACACAUCUGUCCAGUGACCCAAGAGGAAAGCCAUUAAAAUGAGAUAAAAUGUAUAUUUGAUAAUUCAUUUGUACAGUUUGCCAGUUUUUUACAAACUUUUUAUUGUGAUUAACAAAUAAAUUUUUAUUUAAAAUAUGAUAGUUGUUUUAAUCACAAAAUAAAUGAUUUAUUUUUCAUUACUAUA